UCUUUCUCUGCUAAUCAAACACUUCUCAUUCAAAUUCUACGUUUCUUUAGAUGUCCGAAAUUUCGUUGAAGGAGCUAAAAGAUCUUGCUGAAGAUAAUGAAAUCGACCUGUCUGCUAGGGGUCUCACAUCUGUCCCCAAGGCUUUGCCCCAGGUCCCACGGUUGACUAGCAUUGAUCUGGGAUCGAACAAGAUCACAGUCUUGCCAGCUUCGUUAUGCACUAUGACACGGCUUGUGAGGCUUGAACUCGGUAGCAAUCAGCUCGAUCAUCUUCCUGAUAACAUAGGAGCGCUCACCCAUCUCGAACACCUUGAUCUCUACAAUAAUCAGAUUGAGGAGUUACCUCUUUCGUUUUCUAACCUCACUGCGUUGAAGUGGCUUGAUUUGAAGAAGAACCCCUUGGUGCCGGAUUUAUUGAAGGUUGCAGGAAACUGUGGAAGCGAAAAAGAGUGUCGACAGGCUGCGCUAAACGUAGUUGCAUACAUGAAAGUGCAGGAAAAAGCACAUCAAGACCAGAUGUUGAAACAGCAGAAGAUCAACGAGAAAAUCCAAGAAGUCAGAGGUGAUGCUAGAGAGCCUACCCACAAAAAUAAGAAGAAGCACCAUAACAAGAAAGAGGAACAUCCUGCGGUCGUGAAACAGAACGAAGUCUCGAACGCUAACAAUAAACCGAAAUUCUCGCAAGCCAAAGAAACGAGAAAGGAAAAGGAAGUGGUGAGACCGUUGAGGUCAGAACGUGGACGUCUUUCCAGAAUGAUUCGAUUACUGUUUAAAUACACUUUCUACCUUGGUGUUAUCGCAUUUCUUGCCGCUACUGUUGCAAUUCUUCUGAAUUGUGCUGAUGGUGCAAAAACAAUCAAGGGUAGCAAGCCUCUUUGUGCGGAUUUGACGAAGUUAUCUGAGUUCAAACGCCCUUCUCCGCUGUUCCUGACUAACGCUCGGAACACGUAUGGCACCGUAAUUCACGGUUACUGGGGUCGAGUACAACCGUCUAUUUAUGCUCUACAGAAGAAAUGGAACGAAUAUUAUCGGGAAUUUGUCAAGUCAGACAUCGGCGUUGCUUUUGACAGAUAUUAUCACAAGGUUCACGCUUUCAUUGUGGAUAGCUCUUUGAAAACUGUACGAUUUUUAGAAGCUAAGCGAAAAGAAAUCGAAAAAUGGUGGGAGAAGGAUGGUCGCGCUCGAUUUGGCAGCUUUGUUGAUACACUCAAGGUCACGGCUGGCGUUGUCUACGAAAUAGCGAAAGAUAUUAUACAAAUUGCCAUAGAUGCCCUCGGAGCGUUCUAUCAUCGAGCGGAGGUGUUCGUUCACAAUUGGUCGCACCAUGGUCUUAGCAAAGCGAUUGAAAUUGGUUUUUAAACGGUGCAUCUUCGAGAUACUACUUCCCAUUCGACCUUCGCCAUGCUCACUCACUUCAACGUGUUGUUUUGUGUGUUGUUUUUUGUGCAUGAAUUUGUUCUUAUUUAUUGCUUUGCAGCAUUUCUUUGUCAUUCAUGUUCAUCCACAUCUCCUCAUUUGUAUCGUAUCCCACGGUGUUAGUUGUUGUUUUAGACCGGUUUUAUUCCAAUAUGUUCAAGUAAUACUCAGAGUAAAUUAUGGGUACAU